UUACAAAUCAGCACUGUUCAGCAUGUUCUCAGGUAGAACUCUAGUGUUUUUCUUGUCCCUUGCAUGUCAAAUAUGCUUUCAAGUCUUUGUUUCCCUUACAUUAUUGGAAGCAUAUCCCUGGUAGGAACAGCUGACAUUCAACUUGACUUUCUUUCUUAGCAAGAUGUGACAGAUAUAAUACUUUGUUUUCUACAUUGUCUUUUAAUAGCAGUUCUCUAGCAUCCAAAGAGCAGGCCAUUGACAUGUCAAAUUGAGUUUUCAAAAAAAUAAGGCCCUUGGAAAAUGUACAUUAGUUUUCUAAUUGGUUGUUUUACCAACAAAUAACACCAUGUCGCUCAAAACUUUAGUUAAAAAUCCACAUCGCGCCAAUCUACAACGUAGCUUCGAAUAAUCUCAUUGAUUUUCAUAAGAUCAAAAGAUGGUUCUAAAGGAAACUAUUGGUCAUUCAAGAUUUUAAGUCUUUGAGUUUGAAUUAAUUUGUUGCUAAAUCUCUUGGAAUAUCUUAUAGUAUCUUGUGAUCAACAAAUCUAUAUUAAUGCAACCCUCUUUGUAUGGUCAUCUCAUUUUGUCUCGAAGUCUGGCUCCUCAGUUAUGAUCAAUUAAUUAACUUUUAGUUUGUAAGCGUUUUGGAAAUUUGUUUUUCAGAGAGAAAGUAAGAAAAAUAUCACAGUAAUACAGGUAUAGGAAAUGGAUGGUACAGAAUGGAUACCCCAUACAACAAAGUCAGGAAAGAUUCUGUAUUACAUAAAUCCAGCCACUGGGGAAUGUAAAUGGCAAAACCGACUUAACAAGGUACAUGGUGUAUGAAUUAAUUCUUGUCAUUAGUGUUAUUAGUGACUCUUUGAUGUCUUAAAAGAUCUCGGUGAGGGUCUUGAAGCCUCUUAAGGUUCAUGGUAUAUGGAUUGACUGCUUUAAAAAAUUUCACUUUUACAUGGUUGCUUUAAAACAAAAAUCCUCAUAACUAUUUCAAAAUCUGAAAGGUUAACCAUACCUAUGGAAUACAACUAGAUCUCUAAAAGUUUUCAGCAAAUGAUUGUUGCAGAGAUAUUAAAAGUCGUACAUGUAGCUUGAAUUACUGAUUUGCCUUAACUGGUUCAUUUCCAUGCAUGAAUUAAGGGAACCAGCUGUAGAAACAGGAUGCUUUGGAACCAGAGAUGUGAGACGCUUAAGUGUGCAUCAUUUGCAAAUUGUCUUUACUCCCAUGAAUUAAGUAGUGUUUGUAUCUAAUGUUUUUGAAUGCUUAAUGGAAUCAUUAGAAUAAUAUCCAAUGUAUUUAAACAUUCUCAAAAUUCUCUUGUUGGGGUGUUAGUCAUGGCAAUUAUAAAAUUCAAGAAUAAGAAAAUGUCCCCUAGACACAUCACUUUGUAAAUAAUUAUUGAUGAUUCCACCUCUUCACUAUUAGCUCAACCAACUACUAUUCUUAAAUGUAAAAAAUACCUUUUCAAAGAAAUACUGUUUGGUAAAAUCAAUCAUCACAAUGGAAAUGCUUCCUAAUAAUAUUUUUUGAGUUGAGGAUGACUCAACAAGUAUAGAGCAACCUGAGUGUUCAUACAACCAAAGUUUCUCAGUGGUUUUUUGUAUAUAUUUUCCAUUAUCCUUCUUGCUGCAAUUAGCAGCUGUUGGUCUGUUGCUAACACAUUCCUCUGAUUUACUUGUUUUGUGCAGGAAGACAGUCAAAGCAGUAUUUGUAACACAGACAUAAACUCUAAGCAGUCAUGUACUCAAGCCUGUCGCUCCUCACCCAGGCGUGAUGGUGAAGAAGUUAUUGCUUCUACAUCUGCUUUUGGCUCCAAAACAACUGUCUCUGAGUCAUGGACUCAAGAGAGAUAUCCUAUACCAAGUAAUUCUACAAACCCCAGCCCAAAAAGAAAAGAUGAAAAAGAAGGUAGAGAGAUGUCUGAAAAUGAUGUUCAGUUUGUAAAAAAUCAAGAACGUCAAAUGACAGUGGAUGUCUUGGCAGAAUGUGUAAGUAGCACAGUGAAACAACAACAUACUUUGGCAGCCAAUUGAAGUUGAAAGAAACUUUUAAGUGAAAAUUUCCUUAGAUAGUAAGUGAGCAUUAAGAGUUCAUGGUAUAAAAUGAUUAAAAAAAACAUCCUUGAAAGCUGUUUUGACAGAAGACAUUUUCAGAUCACAUUUUGGUGGGUUCUGAACAUUGUAACAGAGGGUUUCUACAAAUUGGAAAAAUUUUGGACAAAGCUGUUUAAGAACAUUCUAUACAUAACUUUUGUGGGUAUAAUAAACAUGUGGGUAUUGGCAGAUCUAAGGUGGAGAUCCCGUAUUUUUGCCCAUGUGAAGGGAAGUUCAGUAAUUAUCAGGGACUUAAAACCUUAGGUAUUUUCAAGCAGCAGUUAGCACUUCUCCCAUCUGUGGGAUUUUAUUAGAGAGAAAUGCUUACAAUCUUUGUGCCUUUCCUGAUAUAUGAGGUUAUCACUAAUUAUUUUUAUGAAUUCAAUUCAUGCAACUACAGUUAGGCAAUAAAAAUUUAAAUUUGAAUGUUUUAAAAGAGUGAUUGCCUUUUUGAAGAAAAUAAGACAAUGAAGUUCAGGGUCAAGUUGUGAAAACACCCAAAAUAACCUAGAGUUUGAUUAAGCCACUUAGUUUUUCAGCUGACAUGAUGAUAAUAGUAAUGAUAAUGAUUAUAAUGCAAAAUGAUACUAAGAAUAACAACAACAGUAUUAGUAGUAAUUUUAAUAAUAAUAUUUAAUUACGUUGGUCACAACCUGACUCAGAAUGAUAAAAUUUUGUUGUUUGUGUUAUUAGAAAACUGCCCGUAUUCACUGCGUUGAGAGUGGUGCUGUCACAGUUUUACAAACAUCAAGUAAGUUUGUCUGUCUGUCAAAGCUUACAACAGUGGACAUUCUGCUGCAUUUUGUAAUAACCUCAAAUUUUGUAAUAAUGGUUGUGGGUUUUUGUGAUGAAGGAUGCAGUGUUUUGAAAUAACUGUCCAUCUACACAAUUUUUAACAUUAACAGUAUUAUUCCACAGAUUGGGUAUUUUUGAUUUCCCUCUUCUCAAAAAUUAUUUGUCAAGCAUCAGUUUUGUUUCUUUAAAGAAGAAACAGACACAUAACUCAAACAGUUACUACAUGUCAGGAAACAUAGGCAAUAUGUUGGAGAUAUCUCAGAAGAUCAAAGUGCAAUACUGGAUUAUGGCAUUGCAUGUGUUUGUGGCAAAGUCCCUGUACAAAUUAAUACAAAUUGCCUCAGGAGUUAGUUGCAGAUUGCAUAGACCAACAAUUACUUCAAAAUGCUGCAGUCCUUAUUAUGAAAUGUGUAGGUUUUUACAAAAUGCUGCAGAAGAUUGGACAAAGGUGAUAUUCUUUAUUAACUGAUUUUGUUCAGAGCACUCACAUUGUCAGCUAUAUUUCCAGUGAAUUGUAGAGCAAUAUUCAACUGACCAUAUCAAGUAAUAUGGGAAUGCAUGGGUUUCCCCUUAUUUGAUUUACUAGGAUCUGAAAUUUUACUGGAAACUAAAGCAUCACCUUCUGAACUCAAUACAAUCAAAACUAGAACUAAUUUCAACUUGGUGUUUUGUGUUUUCCUUCACUUAAAGAUGGCUGAUGUGCUAACUUUUAAUACUCAGUGACUUCUUCUUUGAUGUGAUUGGCUAGUGUGUUUUGUUUGGGUUUGGCUUCAUAGCACUCAUUGAAUAGCACUUUGGAUAUGUACAUCAUGCUUAUUUUACCACCCUACCUGGCAUAUGGACCAAUAGUGUACAUAAUAUGUCCAGAAAUUAGGGCCCUCCAUUCGAACAAAGACCUCCAAAUCAACUGCUUUUGAGUAACUGACAGGGGAAGAUUACAAUUAUAUAUAUUGCUUAGGUAUAAAAGUGAUUCUCUUUUGGUUUGUGAGUAGUAUAAGAAUUUUCUCAAGAAUCAUUAUCUUACCCCUUGAUAUCCAUCCAUAAAUUGCACUGAAUGUUCAGUGCAGUGUCUGUCUGUACAUGUGUGUGCAACUAAUGGGUAACUGUACUAUAUAUUGCCAAAACACAGAAUAACUGAACUUUUGUUCUAAAGGGAUGUUAUUCAGGAAAUGAAAAUUGGAGCACAAACAUCGGUGUAAGAUGAAUUUUUUCUCUGCUCUAGGUAGCCACUCAGGCAGUGCACAGGUGACUGGAAAUGAGUCAAGUGAAAGUGUUGUCCAGCAGGAGAUACUUCAGUGUCCACAGUGCACUGAAGAGUUUUCCUGUCCAAAUAAAUUUACCACACACCUGCGUAGCCAUCCGGGAAUUGAUCCGUUGAAAUGCCCAGUGUGUUCUAAGGAAUACUCAUCAUCCACAUCUCUGAGCACGCAUCUGAGAACUCACACGGGGGAAAAGCCGUUCUCAUGCCCACGGUGCCCCAAAUGCUUUAGUCAAUCAAGUCACUUGACCACACACAUGCGUGUGCACACGGGAGAGAAGCCGUAUCAAUGUCCUAAGUGUCCAAAGACGUUUGGACAGUCGAGCCACCUGACGUUGCACCUGCGCAUUCAUAACGGUGAGAAACCAUUUCAAUGUCGCUUCUGCAGCAAAGGGUUUUCUCAUUCGUCAGCUCUGAGUACGCAUAUGAGAACCCAUACUGGUGAAAAACCCUUCCAGUGUCCAAACUGCCCGAAGAAGUUUUGUCAGUCAAGUCACCUCAAAAUUCAUGUACGGACACAUACUGGAGAAAGACCGUUUCAAUGUCCACACUGUCAGAAAUGUUUUCGACAAUCUUGUUACCUAACUAAGCACGUGCGAGGCCAUUUAAAAACGGAACAAAGUUUUUAA